AUGUUUCCCAUAAAACUACAGAAAUAUUGGGUUAACAGCGUCGCACUCUUGUUAAAGUAUGGAAAUUUUGUAAACUCGGUUCCACUCAAGUAUUCCGAAAUUGAUGGUCAAUUUCUGGCAGUGAAGAGCUUGACUUCACUUUCUCUAAUGUUCACAACGUUGCUUGUUAUGACUUUGGACUGCACAUACAGAGUUUGGACAAUUUAUUCUCGGCCGACGCAACAAACCUCAAUACCUGAUUUUCUGGUCGAGAUGACAAAUGUAAUUGGACGAUCUGGCACUGGAAUAAUUGGCUGGGAGCUGUUCCUCAGAAGGAAACGGUGCAGUAUGUUUUUGAACAGCGUGGUCAAACUGGAUGCCAAUCUGAAAAGAAAAUUUGGAACAUUGCAUUCCUCGAGGUAUAAAAGCCUGGCUCGUUUCAUCGUAAUUGUCGCGAUUGUCUCUGCCCUCUACCCCAUCUUGGGCACGUUGCCGCAACAAAUUAAGGAUCGGCACCACCCUCAAUACUGGGGGUCCCAAUUCAUCCCUCGACCAGUCUAUGAUAAACCCCUCGUCGCGUUGCUGUUUAUCCUGUACGAAGUAAACCUUACCUUUGCUAACUCCUUCGCCGUCGGGCUGACCGUGUCGAUAUUGUAUUGCUACAUACAUAUUAAUAGUUUGUGGCUGGAAGUCGUUAAGAACAGGAAGUUUUCACACCAAGGAAUCCCAAUUUCGACCAGAUUAGAAUUAUUUUCAUCCCUAAAAAUUCUAAACAUUUUCAACAAUGAGAUGGCUGCUGGAAUUUUAUGGCCAACAUUUCAAAACACAUUGCUCGCCCUGCAAGUCCCCUCACAUGUUACGUUGAUCCGAUUUUUGCCCAAUGUGCAACCCAGCUUCGUCCUCAUGGUGGAAACAGCUCUGGGAUUGACGAUGAUUUUUCAGGGAAGGUGUAUUACAUCAGGGGCCAGAAUGUUCUCGAUUUCUAACCAAUUCAAAAAGGACGUUACCCAGUUUGGAAGCCGAUUCGAGAAAAAGGUGGCUAAAUCUCUGAACUCACUGCGAGUUGAAGUCGGCUCGUUUUACUUUUUUAAAAUGUCGACAUUUACAACAUUUGUACAAACCAAUUUGGACACUACGAUCAGUUUAUUACUUACGAUUUAA